GCGAGACCUUGGCUUCGAACCAUCAUGUUCGCCGGGGUAUCCCUUGCUCUGCUCUUGUUCGCGAGCUAUGCUGCCGGCAGAGCGCCUUCGCCCCUUCAGCGGAAGCUCUUGCCUGAGACGUUUGUAGUUGACGACUCGGCAUAUUCUCUGAAUGUGUCUUCUUGUCCAGGGUACACUCUCAGCGGCCUCAAAGAGACGCAAACAGGACUUACGGCGAACUUAGUUCUCGCCGGCCCAGCAUGCAAUGCAUUCGGUCACGACAUCGCUAACCUGACCAUCGACGUGAUUUACGAAACAUUAAACAGAGUACACGUUAAGAUUUACGACACAGCUAACGAACAGUUCACCAUCCCGGAGUCGGUCGUCGAAAGACCGGCUCCGCCUACUUUGUCGUUCCAAAAUUCGUCGGACCUAGUAUUUAACUACGAGUCUUCGCCCUUCGCGUUCUGGAUUACUCGGCGGUCCCAACCAGACGCGACGCCCUUAUUCGAUACGCGCAUUAGCUCUCUGCCCCCGACCCCCAUCGCCCCAGUGGUGAACUCGAGCGAUCCUAGUCUUGCAUUGGACGGGUUUCCUCUAGUUUUUGAGGAUCAGUAUUUACAGAUCGCAUCAGCCCUACCAUUAGGUGCCAAUAUAUACGGUCUCGGGGAAGUUGUCGCAAGCAGCGGUUUCAGGCGCGACAUUGGUACUGAUGGUGGUGUCGGCACUGUCCAAACGUUAUGGGCUCGAGACGUUGCCGACCCCAUUGACCAAAACAUGUACGGAUCGCACCCAGUAUACCUGGAGCAUCGGUACGAUCCCACCGCGAACACGUCGCAGACGCACGGCGUCUUCAUUCUCACGUCCGCCGGCGCAGACAUACUCCUCGCGACCCCGCCCUCCUCGAACGUCUCACUGAUCGAAUACCGCCUCCUCGGCGGGAUCUUCGACUUCUACUUCUUCUCCGGGCCGACCCCGCAGACCGUGAUCGAGCAGUACGGCGCGGUCGUCGGCCUCCCGACGUGGCAGCCCGCGUGGGGCUUCGGGUUCCACCUCUGCCGGUGGGGGUACUACGACAUAAACGAAACGCGUGCGCAGGUGACGGCCAUGCGGGAGGCGAACAUCCCGCUCGAGGUGCAAUGGAACGAUAUUGAUUUGUACCACGCGUAUCGCGAUUUCACAAGCGAUCCGGUUACGUACCCCGGCGACGAGAUGAGGGCGUUCAUCCAGGAGUUGGCUGCAAACAAUCAACACUAUAUCCCGAUCCUUGACGCUGCGGUUGCCCAUACCGUAAAUUCCUCAGACGUCUACGAUCCGUAUACGCGAGGGUCCGAGCUAGACGUCUUCAUAAAGAAUCCCGAUGGCUCUGAGUACAUCGGUCAAGUCUGGCCGGGUUACACGGUAUUCGCCGAUUGGUUUGCGAACAACGCGCAAGAGUGGUGGACCGAGGCGAUGCGCAACUGGUCUGACAGCGGCGUCGAGUUUUCGGGUAUAUGGCUUGACAUGAACGAGCCGAGCUCCUUCUGUGAGGGAUCAUGCGGAUCCUCGGCUAACCUUACCAACACGAGCACGCCGUUCCUCCUGCCAGGGACACCCGGAGCAGAAGUCACUGGAUACCCCGAAUGCUAUAACCCAACGAUAUUCGGACCUAGUGGGAAUAUCACAGUCAAUGGCACGAACACGUGCAAUCCCGGUGAGACAGUGGUCAAACGUGGUCUCGGUGCCGGGAAUGAGAGCGGUGUUAACUUAAAUGAUCCCCCGUAUGCCAUUCACAACGGUGCCGGAAGGCUGUCGGUGAACACUGUGGCGACCAAUGCGACCCAUGCCCCGGGCUAUGUAGAACUCGAUGUCCACAAUAUGUGGGGCUUCAUGGAGGAAAAGGCAACGCAUCUGGCUUUGCAGAGUCUCCGGCCAGGCAAGCGUCCGUUCAUCAUCGCGAGGUCGACAUUCCCGUCCACUGGCAGGUGGAGUGGGCAUUGGCUUGGCGAUAACUUCAGUCAAUGGCGGUACAUGUACUACAAUAUCCAGGGCGUGCUCCAGUUUCAGAUCUUCCAGAUCCCGAUGGUGGGUGCCGAUACGUGCGGGUUCAAUGACAAUACCGAUGAGGAGCUAUGCAAUCGGUGGAUGCAACUUUCGGCAUUUGUUCCUUUCUACAGAAAUCACAAUACGAAGGGAGCCAUCUCGCAGGAGCCCUACCGAUGGGAGAGCGUGGCGAAUGCCUCGCGGACUGCUAUCUCUGUUCGGUAUUCUCUUUUGCCUUACUGGUACACCCUCUUUGCGAAUGCGUCGAUCUACGGAUCUCCCCCCGUCCGCGCUUUGUUCUAUGAGUUCCCCACAGAGCCUGAGCUUUUCUCAGUCGACCGGCAGUUCCUGGUCGGGCGUGAUAUCUUAGUCACUCCUGUGUUGACUCCGAAUGUUUCCACUGUGGACGGUAUAUUCCCUGGCCGAGGGUCAGUCACUUGGCGCGACUGGUAUACUCACGACGUCGUGAACGCAACCGUUGGCGCUAACACAACACUCGACGCACCCCUUGGACACAUCAAUGUCCACAUCCGAGAUGGGAGCGCCCUUCUAUUGCACGCAGCUCCAGCGUAUACCAUUGAGGAGACGAGGCAGGGUCCUUAUAGUCUGCUGGUCUCCCUGGCUUCGGACGGGAGUGCCUUCGGGACGGCCUAUGUGGACGACGGCGAGAGUUAUCCACUGGGUCCCAACAGGACGAUUACCUUCCAGGUUGCGGAUGGCGAGUUGAAUGUCGCUAGCCAGGGGACGUACGACAUUGCACAGCAGCUCACACAGCUGAUCGUACUCGGCACACAGCAGCCGACCCAGGUAACGGUGAAGGGAGAGGGGGUGCAGGGCUGGGAUUACCUGCCGGACCAGGAGAAGCUGGUGGUCCAGGGUUUGAACUUGACGUUGAAUGAGGCAUCUGUCGUAGCAUGGAAGUGAGGAUGUGCAAACGCAUUCAGCUGUAUCACUGGACGGAGAAGUAGAGUAAUUGCAGGAGUAGUUAUCUGCAAACCGUUUCCAUCAGGAGCAAUGAUUGUGGGUCUGAAAGACGCCACAGUCCUGCCAAAC